AUGGCUGUACAUCCUCCCGCCGUGGCAGACGAGACCUCCCCACUACUGCCAUCGCAAGAUGGGCCUGGACUUAAUGGCGUCGUUCCUGCAGCAACCAAGCCCAAAGAACUUCAAUCAUCAAUGGGUCAGGUCGCGCUACUUUGUUGUGCUCGAGCAAUUGACCCGCUGGCCUUCUUCACUAUUUUCCCGUUCGUCAACCAGAUGAUUGCCGACACGGCAAGCAUCGACGAAGCCGACGUCGGCUUCUACAGCGGCAUCAUUGAAUCGUUGUUUUCUGUGACUCAGAUGAUGUUAAUGAUCCCCUGGGCACGAGCAGCAGAUCGGAUGGGACGCAAGCCGGUCCUGAUCCUCUCCCUGGCCGGUUUAUCCAUCUCAUCUGCGCUGUUCGGAUUUAGUCGGACUUUAGGCCAGAUGGUUUUCUUCAGAUGCUUGGCGGGGACGUUCGCACGCCUGACACAUGCUGAUGUGGGCUCCGUAGGCGGAGCACUUUGUCGUCCUGGUGGCGUGUUCCGUCCCUACCCGUAUGCGUUGCCCACUGUCGCAGCCGGAGCUUUUGGAGUAACUGUCACGGUUGCCUGUCUGAUGUUCGUCAACGAGUGCCAAGAUCCUCCGAUCCCAAGGCGUGCUACCAGUUCUCUACAUUCACGGCCAUUCGAUGAUGUUGGCAUUCGCGUACACUGCGGCUCUCUUAUUGAAGUUUCCCCGGUAUUCUACUUCACAUCACCACGUCCAGGCGGCUACGGUUUCUCUCCAUUCUAUAUAUCUCUCUUCCUUGGCGGAUCGGGGAUCGCUCAAACCAUCUGGCUAGUGCUAGUAUACCCGCCACUACACAAACGUCUCGGCACGGGUAACAUCUUACGAGGCUUAUGUUUCGUUUGGAUUAUUUUCUUGGCUGCUACUGUAGGAGCCAGUGUUCUCCACCGUCAUGCGGCUAUGCAACCCGCGCUCGACUCCGUCUCACCGUCACCCGCCGCCUUAGGCACGCUCAAUGCCAUGUCCUUGGCCAUCAUCAGCUUUCUUCGCGCUGUCGCCCCAGCAAUGUUCACUUCCAUGUACGCGAGUACCCUUAAGCUUAGUAGUCCUGGAUUUUACACAUUUUGGCUCGUGCUGGGUGGGCUAGUUCUUGUCCUGGCAUUUACACUGCGCUGGCUGCCUGAGCAGGUGGAGAAGGCUUCUCGCAAGCCGGACAUGGGUGUUGACGUCUUCGAGUUUAUUGAACAUAGUACCAAGGAUACGUGGUGA